CAGAUGCCACCACAAAUCAGCGACAGAGGACGUCAACGAAACCAGGCAGCAGUAACUCCCGGACGGAGUGGAGGAGCCUCCGUUUCUGUGAGAAGACCGACUGAGACGAAAAGGCACGGACGACCAUUACACCUAGACGGCCCUAGUUAGUUAGUUAGUUAGCUCAAAAACCGAAGUUAACCUAGUUACUAAUUAGAUUUAAAAACUUUCAAGGCAGAGACAGAAGGUCAGCUCACUUGGCGGCAGACAUCGCUAUGGCCCAGGAGACCAAUCAGAGCCCAGUUCCUAUGCUCUGUGCCACCGGCUGUGGUUUCUAUGGCAACCCCAGGACUAAUGGCAUGUGCUCCGUGUGCCACAAGGAGCACCUGUCAAGACAGAACAAUGGAGGAGUCAGUUCUUUGAGCGCUGUGGGCAGCAGCAGUGGGCCCACAGCUGAGGCCUCUGCCAUCCAGAGGUUAGAGGCCACCUUGAAUAAUGCUGCAGCUGCUGCAGUCGCUGCUGCAGAGGUGGCAGCGGAGGCCGCCGCCUCUGCUGAGGCUGUCGCCACCGAGGCUCUCAGCGGGGUUUCAACGGCCAUUUCUGUAACACAACAGAUGACUGAGAUGAGUCUGUCUUGUGAGGAGAAAGGAGCAUCAGGGAGUAAAGCAGAGCUCACAGAGCCAGUGGUGAGUCAGCCCACAGUCUCAGCCUCCCAUCCCUCCACUGCUGGCAGUGAAGAGUCCAAAACCCCAGAGCCCCCGAAGCCCAAGAAGAAUCGCUGCUUUAUGUGCCGCAAAAAGGUUGGCCUCACAGGUUUUGACUGCCGCUGUGGGAAUCUGUUCUGCGGACUCCACCGUUACUCCGACAAGCACAACUGUCCGUACGACUACAAAGCCGAAGCCGCCGCCAAGAUUCGCAAAGAGAACCCCGUGGUCGUCGCCGACAAGAUCCAGAGAAUAUGAAGAAGACUCUCGGUUUGACUUUGAAUACCGGGAGCUGUUGGAUUUAUGGAAAAAUAGACUUGAGCUCAACCUUCUUGGUGAAGGAUCUGCUUUUCUUUUCUGGUUUAUUACACAUUGAGGACAUUUUCCCCGCCCAGUGCAUGAACGUUCACAUAUAUUUUCAGCUUUGUUCUCGUUUGGGUGUGAGUCUAACACUUUUCAGGGGGUUGCAUUGAACAAGAAAAUAAGUGUGUGAGAGAAUGGGUUCUGUAUAUUCUGAGAAGUGACUGAGGGAGGUUGCUGAAGAAAAAUUCAUGGCCCGUUUUCUGUUUUUCUUUUUGAGAAAAUGUUGCUGGCUGUCCGGUCUGUUUCGUGAUCCUCCUCCAGAUCACUUGAACUCUGCCUGGAAAGCACACUCAGACAUUUUCAGGCUUUCGUUCGGACUCUCAGACUCUUACUGCUGUUGGCUGACGGCAUCAUCUCAGCCGUUGCUUGCUCUCUGCUGGCUUGAGUAGCAAAAUGGAUAUAUCUCUCUCCCCCCACCCCCCCUUCUUUUUUUGUUUUUUCGGCCUCCACUCUAACUCUGUGAGCUCAGAGUUGAACCCUCCCGACUUGUCAGACUUUUGCGUCCUGGUGAGUUAUUAUCAAUCUGAUGAAAAUGCUUCUCUGUGCCGCCGGAAUCUCGUCCACUCUUGCCCGCCUGCGACACACAGCUCAGACAUGUUGCUAAAAAAAGGACUUUGAAAAAAAAAAAGACUUUUGUUGCAAGCCUUUUCUUGCCAGCUCAUAUCCCUUCCCAUCCUGCUGUGUGCGCGGCACUAGAAACACAAUGUAGUUUGACGGUGUAUUUCAGUUUUCUCUCAUUGAUCUCGGACUGAAUGCUGUGACUCGCUCUGUGUCCGGGACCUGGAGGGCAGGACACGAGGACCUCUGCUUUUUAGGUCUUUAAAACCAUCCACUGAAGUCACAUGACGAUACAUGUCACCCAACUGUGACGUUUGUUUCCUUUUUUUUUUUCUUUUGUUGUUGUUGUUUUCCAGAAAAGUGGUGUGUAUGCCGUGUGUUGUUGUAUGACAAGUAGCCUACACUUGUAUUAAAUUUUUUUUUUGCCUUUUUUGGAAGGGUUUAGCUCCACUAAUAUUUUCAUCUUUUACUUCACUAUUGAAUGUUUUCUUCUAAUUUUUAAUGUGAGCUGACAAAUUCACAACAUCGGGAGUGUUGAGAUUGUGUAUCAAACACGAGUGUGUGUUUGUGGGAGUAGAUGUGGUUGGCUGGUGUGUGAGUAUUGUAUGAGGCCAAGUGGUUGUGUGCCGCGGUGACUAGUGAGACCUGUGGACGUAGGUUAUUAAUAAUUUUUCUUUUUUUUUUUUUUUGGUCUGGCUGCUUGAUGUGUGUUUUUGUUUUUUACCCUUUAGUUAUGCAAGUUUGUACAAACAUCUUUAUUUAUAUACUGCAGUGCGCGUAAUCUUCCAAUAAUACAGAAUAAAUUGUAUGAUGUAAAUAAAUUAUGUUCAAAAAUAUAAA